CUAGUUAAUUGCUAUUGUGGUGACAGUUUAUGUGAACAAUCAAAAUACAGCUUGAUAAAUUUAUGACUUGUAUGUAUGACUAGGCUAGCUAACUAUCCAUUUUAGUUUGUGAUAGGCGUUUGAUGACUUGCCCAUGCACCUGCAUUAGCUAGUGUAGCCCUGCCUGCAUUUAACAGAUUGUCCUAAAGUACAGUAAGCCUAUUGCCAUUACAUUUGGCUAUAUGCAAACAUGCCAUGCACACAUUAGUCUUCAUAUACAACUUGUCCUAUAACAGGGUGUUUUAAUGCAAAUGUAGCAUGACCUCUAUUCAACAUUUAAAAUAGCCACAAUGUGACCUUUUGUUCAUUUGUUUGUUUUGGUAAACACUACACAUUACUUUAGCAACCAUUUCAGCUAAUGUAAUAAUAACUGCAGUUGAACUGUGUAACUGUACUCUGGAAGAAAACCCUCUGUGUUUGGCCCUGUCUGGCUCUCACAUGCUUCUAAUCAGCUUGACAAACAGGAAGAUUCCGCGAAGAGUGAGCCGUGAGCCCACACCAUGGUGUGCUGCCGUGUGUGCUCCAGACUGUGUCCCAGGCUGUGCUCCCGCUCCUCAGCGUACACUCUGGCCCUGGGCUUGGGCUUCGUCACCCUGGGCACCUCCCGCAUCCUGCUGCUCAAGUUCUCUGCCAACACACAGAACAAGUAUGACUUCCUCCCUGCGUCUGUCAACCUGCUGGCAGAGGGGCUCAAGCUGCUCUUCUGUCUUGGCAUGUCUCUCAGAGUCAUGGUCAGAGAGGGUCGUUCAUGCCGAGAGCUGGGCUGCUCCUCGGGCUCUGCCUUCCUGAGUUUCAUGAAGUGGUCGGUCCCCGCCUUCCUUUACUUUCUGGAUAACCUCAUCAUCUUCUACGUCAUGACCUACCUACAGCCUGCCAUGGCAGUGUUGUUUUCCAAUUUUGUCAUCCUGACCACAGCUAUCCUGUUCAGAGUUGUGCUGAAGAGACGCCUGUCCUGGGUGCAGUGGGCCUCCCUGGUCAUCCUCUUCCUGUCCAUUGUCUCCUUGACGACGGGGUCGGGAGGCAGCCAACGGGCCAUAGCGAUGCCGGGCCUCCACCCCAGCCCCCUCUCCCCACCCACCAACAGCUGCCUGCUCUACACACAGCUAGAGGAGCAACGAAGGAACGACAGUAACUCCAGCACAUGGAGCUCAGUGCUGCCGGGACAGGCUGAGGCGUGGCGGGGGAGGCUGAUGGGGACCCUGCGCUCUCUGGGCAUGGGUCACAUCCUCCUGGUGCUCCAGUGUUUUAUCUCCUCCAUGGCCAACAUCUACAACGAGAAGAUCCUCAAGGAGGGAGACCAGCUCCAAGAGAGCAUCUUUAUCCAGAACAGCAAACUGUACAUGUUUGGCAUGCUGUUCAACGGUCUGACUCUGGGUCUAGGGGGCGAGGCGAGGGGUCUAACCGUCCGCUGUGGCCUCCUCUACGGUCACAACGUCUACUCACUGGGACUGGUGCUGGUCACUGCUGCCCUGGGCCUGUCGGUGGCGUUCAUCCUGAAGUUCAGAGACAACAUGUUCCACGUGCUGACAGGCCAGAUCACUACAGUCCUGGUCACGGCCCUGUCCCUCUUCCUCUUUGACUUCCACCCCUCGCUGGACUUCUUCCUGCAGGCGCCCGUGGUGCUGCUCGCCAUCUUUGUCUACAACGCCAGCCGGCCCAAAGAUCCUGAGUACGUCCUGCAGCGCGAGAAGCUGCGCGUCAUUAACGGAGAGGUGCUGCAGAGGUCGCGAGGGGAUGGGGAGGAGCUGGAGAGGCUGACCAAGCCAAACACAGACAGUGAAUCAGAGGAGGAGUCUGUCUAGCCUCCCAUUAUGACCUCACAAUUGCUCAACCCUGUGAUGUCAUCAGAAUGCCUGGCUCUGUGACAUCACAAUGGACAAACUGUCAGUCCUGAAUUAUGACUUUGCUAUAACCUGGCCUGUGACAUCUUCAGCCUUUGACAUCAGAAUGGACAUGCUGUGUAUUAUGACAUCAGAGCAGCUUGGCCUGUGGUUUUGUUGGCCUACUGUGAUUGUCAUAAUUUAUUGUACAUCAUAGAUGCGGUAAAGAGGUCAAUGGAACUUGACACAAACAUGGAAAUGCCAUGGAAACGCAUGGGGAAAAGAUCCUGAGUCUCCUCAUUGCCCCCCAGCAAAAUUAUCCUACAUUUAGGCUAUUGUUUAUGUGUAUUCCACACUACUGUAUGUUGAGUAUAAUGCGUGUAUGGAUGUCAACCCCAAUACAUGUUCAUGUCAUUGUCACCAAUCAACUGCAGUGCAGUUAAAAACGACUUUGACUACCAUGACCGAUUUUUAUACGCUAGCUAUGCUACCAGCUUAUACGAACGGGAGUUAGCAUUUAGCAGUCACUUCUUUUAAACUUGAAAAUGAACAACUUCUGAAUGUUAUUCUGCGAAAACAGGCAAAUAUAUCAAAAUCCAAUUUUAGUAACCACAUUGUGGGGCCUGUUCACAAAUAUUCACUUUGUUAGAUAGACUUGUUGAAUGUGCGCCAAUCCGGCGUCCUUCUUCUAUCCCCCAAGGUCUGCGUUCCAUUGACCUCUUUACUAUUCAGAAAUGUGCUUGUUUGUGUAUGAAGUAUGCUAUACAAAUAAUAUUGUAAUGGAAGAAAUGCUAAAUAUACAAUUUUGUAUAUGUUGUUGUAUUUAAAAUAAUGCUAUUGCUGUUAUUGACACAGUGGCAAGGGUUACAGCUGUCAGAUGUUGAGAAGUUCAUAUCUGCCAGUUAUGAUCUUAUUUUGUCUCUGUUUUUCAAAACCAGUUUUUAUUAUACAUUUGUUUGCAUUAUGUUGGUGGUUAUUAAGAAAUCUACUGAAGGCUGUUGGAUGUUUGGGAGCUAAAUUAGUUUUUCUAAUGGCCAACUACUCAGUUUGUCUUACCGUUAUUAAGUACUCACAAAGACCAUACAGUACUAGCACACGGACCAUGUGAUUUGUUCUGGUCUCAGUCCAUUUUACGUUCAGAAAACCCAAUCUGGACGGUAAAACAUGUAAGAUUGUGUUUCACAUUACACACUGAAAGAUAAUUGGCUUCUUUAGUGGUUUACAUGUGUUCAACAGUGUUACUCCUCUCCGGUCCAUGCUUUUUGUGCCAUAUAAUUUACACUUCUAUCAUGUAAUCAAAAUAGAUACUUGUGAAAUAAAGUUUAUGAAUUCAGUAAAAUUAUGUUAAGCUGUAAGGCAAUUUACACCUGGUUCUUUAUAUUACUAUUCUUAUGACACAGUGCAUAAUUACAAUUUCUCACACAAACAGUCAACCAAUUAUUAAAUGAACAUUAAAAACUACUGCCAAAAAUACCA